UCAGAACCCCCGUCACCCCCAGGUUUGGCUUUAUGAACAAAACCUCCCAACCAAAGAACAGCUCAGCCCAUCUGCCCAGGCUGGGCUGCUCCAAGGCUCCUCUCUCCAGCCUGCUCAGCCCGCACCCUAGAUCCUCUCUCCCCAGGGAGCCACUGCCCCGGCCCUAACACCCAGCAUGGUAAUGACCCUGCCUGGGGGGGUCACCAGCACCCACUUUCCUGGCUGACAAGUGGGGCUCAGGAAUGCCAGCGCCAGCCUCAAAAGUGCCUGCAGCCUCCUGCCCCAUCGGGCACUGGCUCCCAGAGAGGCUCAUUAGUGAUGUGCCCGCCUCCCUGGCUCAGCCGGGUCCCAGUGGAGCUGGGCAGUAAGUGCCGAAGGCUCAUGUGGGGAAGUCUUAAUGGCUGUGUGAGGGAGAGGCGCUGGCUGGGCCCGAGAUGGAGGCGGGGGCAGGAGGGGCCGUGGUUUCUGUUUCCUCAGACUGGAGCCUGAGCUGCCUCUGCCCAAGGAGCAGACGAGACGAUGCUGCACAGACUCCUGCUGGGUGGCCUCCUCUGCACCAUGCUGCCUACCAGCUUCCUCGGCACAGGUACUGCUGCCGCCACGGAGACCACGCCCUCAAAUCCUGCUGCCCCCAGCUGGAGUUUGAGAGCCUGAGGAGAGUCAAUCUGUCCAACGUGCCCACCCCAGCCAGACUCAGGAACCCACUGCCCCUGCUGGCUGUGGGGCUCUACGGCCUCCUCAUCCUCACGCUCAUGAGCCUCGACUUCCUGCACUUCUGCAGACUCAACCAGCGCCACUUCUACAGCCUCUUGAGCAGCAGUCGCCUGGGCAAGCGCCUGGCCAGCUCCUUCCCACGGCCCGGCCCAGCGCGAGGAGGGGCCCAGCGGCAGGAGCUGCCCACGGCCCGGCCCGGAGCUGCCCACGGCCCGGCCCGGCGCGAGGAGGGGCCCAGCGGCAGGAGCUGCCCACGGCCUGGCCCGGAGCUGCCCACGGCCCAGCCCGGAGCUGCCCACGGCCUGGUCCGGAGCUGCCCACGGCCCGACCCGGCGCGAGGAGGGACCCAGCGGCAGGAGCUGCCCACAGCCCGGCCCGGAGCUGCCCACAGCCCGGCCCGGAGCUGCCCACGGCCCGGCCCGGCGCGAGGAGGGACCCAGCGGCAGGAGCUGCCCACGGCACAGCCUGGAGCUGCCCACGGCCCAGCUCGGAGCUGCCCACGGCCCGGCCCGGCGCGAGGAGGGACCCAGCGGCAGGAGCUGCCCACGGCCCAGACCAGCCAGGACAGCAAAUGUGAAGAGCCGGGACUGCAGUGACUGGGGGGUGACGCUUGGGGCAGAGGGUGUGUCGGCUGUAGGUAUUACAGAGGCACUGUUAGCAGAGCCUGUCGCGCUGCCACUGCGAUAAAGCGAGCCCACGCCUCAG